AUGAAUCAGCAAAAACGUCCUAUUAGAAUUGGGAAUGUUAGCGGUGCUAUGUUUGAUCCUGGAUAUCAUAUGUACAAUCAAGCAGUGAGUGGUCCUAUCGAUGCACUUACAGGAGAUUAUCUUGCUGAAUUGACUAUUGCAGCAAAUGCAGCAGCCUAUCAUGCUGGUAAACAUCCUGGUUGGGAAAAAACUGCUGAAGAUGGACUUUUACAAACUUUGGAAAUAAUUGCCAAUAAAAAUAUUAAAGUUGUUAUUAAUGGUGGUGCAUUAAAUCCAUCAGGAUUAGCUCAAAAAAUUGCUGCUACUGUUAUGGAGAAACAACUUAAUCUUAAAAUUGCAUAUAUUACUGGUGAUGAUGUAUUAUCUUCAGUUGAGAAGUAUCUAGAUCCUAAAUAUGGAUUGAAACAUUUAGAUGGUGACAAUAAUAAUGUUGAAUUUGUUAAGGAUACUGACACAUUUCUGACAGAUCCAAAUCGACAGAUAGUAACUGCAAAUGCUUAUCUUGGUUCUCGAGGAAUUCAAGCUGCGUUAAAAGCUAAUGCAGAUAUUAUUAUUUGUGGGCGAGUAGCUGAUGCUUCUCCAGUUAUUGGACUUGCUGCAUGGUGGCAUGAUUGGAAUGAAACAAAUUUUGAUGCUCUAGCUGGUGCAUUUGUUGCUGGUCAUUUAAUUGAAUGUUCAAGUUAUAUAACAGGAUGUAAUUUUUGUGAUUUUGAUCGAUAUCCAAUUGAAAAACUAAUUAAUGUUGGCUUACCAAUUGCAGAAGUUGCACAUGAUGGAAGUUGUAUUAUUACGAAACAUGAAUCUCUUAAUGGAAUUGUUAAUGUUGAUACUGUAAAAUGUCAAUUAUUAUACGAACUUCAAGGAAAUAUAUAUGUAAACAGCGAUGUUACAGCUGAUUUGACUAAUAUUAAAAUUACACAAGAAGAUCUAAAUCGAGUAUAUGUUACUGGUGCAAAAGGACAUCCACCUCCACCAACUACUAAACUUGCUAUUUUCUAUAUGGGUGGUUAUCAAUGUGAAUUAACAGUAAAUGCUACAGGUAGAAAUGCACAUACAAAAUUUGCAUUCUACAAACGUCAAAUUCAACAUGCUCUGAAAGAAGCAGGUACAUUAGAUAAAUUUGAUAUUUUAGAUUUUCAAUUCUAUGCUAAACCGGAAGAUAAUCCAAGAAGUCAACAAAAUGGUACAUCUUACAUGCGUAUUUUUGCACAAGCUAAAACUGAAGCUAUUGUUGGUGGUCUUGCUACAGCUUUUGGACAAUAUUUAAUGCAACAUUAUUCAGGUAUGCAUUGGACUAAUGAUAUGAGAACUAUGGUACCUAAGCAAUUUUUGGGUUAUUAUCCUGGUGUACUUGCUCAAUCAGAAUUAAAAGAAACAGCUGUACUUCUUGAUAAUACUGGCAAAAUCGAACAAAUUAUUGAUGCAGGUCAUGUUUCUGUCGUUGAAGUUUUAGGUGCACGAGAAAAUUAUGAUCCAAAAGAUGCAAUUGAUUUGAGUAAAUUUGGUCCAACUAUAAAAGUUCCAGUAGAUACUGUGAUUCUUGGACGUAGUGGAGAUAAAGGAGGAAAUGUUAAUCUAGGACUUUUUGUUCAUGAAGCUGAUGAAUAUGAAUGGUUUCGUAGUUAUUUUACUCGAGAACGAUUACAAGAAUUAAUUGGAGAUGAUUGGAAAAAAUCAUAUUUUAUUGAACGAGUCGAAAUGCCUCAUAUAUAUGCUAUUCAUUAUGUUGUCUACGGAAUCCUUGGACGUGGUGUUAGUUCCAGUAUUAUUCUCGAUAAUCUCGGAAAAGGAUUUGCUGAUUAUAUUCGUAGCAAACACAUUGAUAUACCAGAAAAAUUUGUUCGUCGAUACGAUGGAAAAACAUACGAUAAUGAAAUUACUUAA